CACAGGUACUUGCCAUCCAUCCUGCUUCUGUUGGUUCCAGCCCACCAGCCUCCACCUCCUGAGCUAUGCUGAUCCUGUCCUGCUCUUCCAAGUUGCAACUGCUAGAGGGGAUUUUGAGGAAGAGCCUCCCCCAAACCCUUGCGGUCCAUGGAGCAGUAAUGCACAUAAACCGUGGGAACCCAGCCAGGCAUGAGGUCCUUGUGGAUUCAUGGCCAAAGUUCAAAGCUGUCCUCACUCGGCCACACAGAGAGGUUGCCACGGAUGACUCUGAUUUCUAUACCAACAUGUAUGCAGCAUUCUACCAUGAUCGUGAAGUGUAUCAAACCCUUUUGCAGGACUCAGAUGCUGUCAACUGGGCCCAAGCCUUCCGUAUCCACGGGCUCCAGGAUGGGCUAUAUGAAGCUUCCCAAGAUGCUGCUGCUGCCAAGCAAGUGCAGUUCUCACCAUCUUCCUACUUCACAUACUAUCACCCUGACCCAAAUAAAAUGCAUGUACAUCAGCUAGAUCCCAGCCUGAGGCUUUCCACUUUGAAUAGCUCCCAUGUUGACCUGCUGAAUGAAACAUGGGCCUACGGGGGCAAUGAACACAGUCGCAAAUACGUGGCUUCUUUGGUGCGUUCCUUCCCCAGCAGGUGCAUCCUGGACAGCAAUGGAUGCCUGAUCAGCUGGAACAUCCUCGAUCCUUUCGGUGCAAUGGGACUUGGUUAUACCCUUCCAGAGUAUCGUGGUCGUGGCUACAUUACUAUAGUCCAUAAAGCACUGGCCAUGAAUAUCCAUGCAUUUGGCUACCCUAUAUAUGGCAACGUAGCCCUUGAUAAUGUGCGUAUGCAGAAUUUAAAUGAACAUUUGGGCCACCAGAGGUUAGCUGCAUUAUACCAUAUCAUUUUACACAUCCCUAAAUCCUCUGCUGUUUCCUGAGGAUUUUCCUGUCCUGAUGAGAAGGGCAUCAGAACACUGCCUCUCUGAACCCCAC